AAGUCUCCUGCAUCCAGCCGAAGACAUGGCCUUCAAGCUGAUCGUCCUGUCCGCCCUCGUGGCCGCCGCCAGCGCCGGCUACCUGGGAGCCCCCGCCGUGGUGGCCCCCGGCGCGCCUGUGGGCUACGCCGCCCGCCCCCUGGGCUACGCCGCCCCCGCCGCCGCCAUCGACACCGACUACGACCCCAACCCGUCCUACAACUACGCCUACGACAUCCAGGACGCUCUGACCGGCGACUCCAAGAACCAGCAGGAGAGCCGUCAAGGAGACGUCGUCCAGGGCAGCUACAGCCUCACCGAGCCUGACGGCACCCGCCGCACCGUCGAGUACACCGCCGACCCCGUCAACGGCUUCAACGCCGUCGUGCACAAGGAGCCCCUGGGUGUCGCCAAGGUCGCCGCCCCCGCUCUGGGCUACGCCGCCGGCCAUCUGGGCUACGCCGCCCCCGCUCUGGGCUACGGCGCCCCCGCCCUGGGCUACGCCGCCCCCCACGCCAAGAUCAUCGGCUAAGCCGCCGCCACACUAUCACAAAAACCUGCAUCACCCAUGAUCCAUUGUACAGUUUGCUCAGUUCAUUCGUUCAAUAAUAAUAAUUUAUACAAAAAAAAA